AUUAUAUUUGUGAUUUAAUUACAUGAUUACUUGAAUACAAUAAUACGAUCACAAUUUGUAUUAGAAUUUUCAAUUAUAACAUAGUUGUACCAUUAUUUCUAUUAUUAUGGCUUUUCGAAUUUUAUCAAAAUGUCAUAUAUUCAAAUAUAUUACAAACACAACAUUUCAUACUAAUUUAAGAUCAAAGGAUAUUCAUAUUUCAACUGUUCAUCGUGAUUUAAUGGAAUUUUUUGAUGAUAAAAAAAAUUGGGCUGUUGAACAAAUAAAAGUUGGGAGAUCGUGGUCAAAGGAUGAGUUGCGCAUUAAAAGCAAUCAAGAUUUACAUAAACUUUGGUAUGUAUUACUUAAAGAACGCAAUAUGUUAUUAACAAUGGAACACGAAUGCAAAGCUCAAUUUGAAUUAUUCCCAAAUCCCGAACGUAUUGAUAAGGUCGAAGAAAGUAUGAAUAAUUUAGAAACUGUUGUUCGUGAACGUAAUGAAGCUUAUUACAAAUUAGAAGUCGGAGAAUCUGCUGAAAGACCUGGACAAUUAGUUACUAAUUUAUUGGGGUUGAACUUUUUUUAUCGUAAAUUUGAACAUUUAAUACCAAAAUUUUUGAAUAAACAAUGGAGAAAUAAACAUACGUUUAAUGUUGUUAAUGGAAACAUUGAGAAAUUCCAAAGGUUAUAUAGAGAAAAAUUACAUAAUGCUAAUAGAAAAAGUAGAAAUCGGGAUCGUAACCAUGUAAUGCAUCUGAUGAAGCGUUAUCCAAAUAUGGACAUGGAGGCAGUCAAACAACAAUAUCCUUCAGUAGACAUUGAAAAAAUAAAAAACUAUCAUAAAGUCAGAGGACAUUAUGUACCUUAAAUUGUAUAACAAAAAAUGUAUUAUAAUUUUAAUAUGUUAACUAAGUUAAUAAAGUAAUCCAAUUUUGUCUGUUCACUUGAAACAAAAAUGUUUAUUAUUAUUAAUAGCUUCAUUAAAAAAGAUAGAUAGAUUAAAGCAAAAUAUAUAAUGAAAUACCUUGAUUCAUAUUUGUUUAGAAAUUGUUAAGUGCUCUUUUAUAUAUAUCAUCACUUUUGUACUUAAAUUGCAUAACCAAAUAGUAUAUACAAUAUGCUUAUUCAUCUCAGUAUCUGAUUAAAAUGUUUUUAUAAGUUGUAAAAAUAUGAAUGAUAAAAUAAAGAAGGUAGCCAAGUGGAUACCAUUCUGCUGUACUA